AUGACGGCAGUGGGUAAGAGACUUGUCACGAUAGCGAAAAGAACAAUUGUGACGUACCCAGAAUUUGUGCAACUUGUCGAGGUUGGGCCACGUGAUGGACUACAAAAUGAAAAGACUCUUGUAUCAACAAAAGAUAAGGUCAAACUCAUUAAUUUGUUAUCCGAGUCAGGACUGUCGGUGAUUGAAACCACAUCCUUUGUCUCCCCCAAGUGGGUUCCACAGAUGGCCGAUAAUCGCGAGGUCCUAAAAGGGAUAAUACAAAAAAAAGGUGUCUCAUAUCCCGUUUUAACACCGAACCUUGAAGGAUUUCAAAAUGCUGUUGAAGCUGGAGCAAAAGAAGUGGCUAUUUUUGCGGCAGCUUCGGAAAGUUUUAGUCAAAAAAACAUCAAUUGUUCAGUUGAAGAAAGUUUCGAACGCUUUUGGCCAAUUUGUGAAAAAGCGGAUAGUCUUAGAAUUCGUGUGCGGGGGUAUGUGUCAUGCGUGCUAGGGUGUCCAUACGAAGGAUCAGUCGCACCAUCUGUAGUUGCUGCUAUUGCUGUAAAGAUGCUUGAAAUGGGGUGCUACGAAGUGUCUUUAGGCGAUACAAUUGGUGUUGGUACUCCUGCAUCUACUCUAGCGAUGCUGCAAGCCACGAAGCAAGUUGUGCCAGUCGAGCGUCUUGCUGUGCAUUUCCACGAUACGUACGGGCAAGCACUGCCCAAUAUUCUUGUUGCACUCCAGGAGGGAAUUACAGUGAUUGAUAGCUCGGUGGCUGGUCUAGGUGGCUGUCCGUAUGCAAGUGGAGCUUCUGGCAAUGUUGCAACAGAAGAUGUGCUCUAUAUGAUACAUGGUCUUGGCAUCAAAACUGGCGUAGAUCUUCACAAAAUCAUGGCUGCCGGUGACUUCAUUACAAAUGUGUUAGGACAUGCCUCUCACUCAAAAGUCGCACUUGCUUUGGCACCAAAGAAGAAGCUGAGUCAUCUCUAA